AUGCGGUCUUACACGUUCCUCUUUCUCGCCUUGUGCUCCGUCUUUUCCCUAUCCGCAGCGCAGACACCUUCUGCAACCACGGAUUCGACACCUGCAACCACGGAUUCGACAGCAGAAGCAAGCACAAUAGAUGCAACCACCGCGGUGACGACCAGCCCGACGGGAACAGUUGGUUCGGGGGGAGGCACUUCGUCAAACUCCACGACUAAUGUUGGUGGUGGUUCCGGAACUACGACAUCUGCUGGAAGCAGCAGCACAAAGGGACCGCCGGAUGUGCUUCUCAGAGUCCCUAACAUCUCUGUCAAGAAGAUCGAGCUGAUCGUAGACAACCUCCAAGCGGAGAUCAACCUCAACGCCGAAAUUGCUUCCCUCGUUACCAUCAAUGCUGGUGUCGAGAUCGGCGUCUCUAAAGUUAACAUCACUAUUGCGGACGUCGAAGCCGAGCUGGAGCUGAUCAUCCGGCUGGGCAACUUGGUGUCCAUCGUCAACCGAACGCUUGCGAGCUUGGACUUGAACCCUCUGCUCAUCAACCUCCUGAAUGAAGUGACAGAUGUUGUCACCGAAGUAGUUGCUGCAGUGGACAGUCUUCUGGGCAGCAUCGUUCAAGGCAACUCCAAGAUCAAUUUCAUCAUCGACAACCUUGGAAAUAUUGUGCAAGAGGUCGUCGGCGACGUGGGCAACACGGUGUCUACCAUUGUGGGGAACUUCGACCAGAACAUGACAUUCACAGGGGAGGCGAAAACACUCUCGGGCGGACUCGUACAGAAGACGUACAAGUACGAACCCCUGGGCGACAGUGGCCAGUUCCACAUCGUCCGGGGGUUCGACAAGCACCACCAGCGCGACCACGGCCACAGCAACCACAGCGCCUGCGACCACCUCGGCAGCGACGACUGCCACAGCGGCCGCAAGGGUCUGAUGUUACCAUGGCUUAAGCUAGUAAUACACCGAGUGACGAAUCUAUCUACACGCAAUAGUAAGCGGCGUAUAAGCCGCUUGUCAAGUGCAUAA